GUAGCCCCCUUCUGUUUCUCCUCCUUGUUUCUCUCUUUCUUGAUCGAUCCCUCUCCAUCUAAACACACAACAAUUACCUUUUCUCAGGGAUCCUUGCAAGAAAUAGAAUGGGGCUAACAUUCACCAAACUCUUUAGCCGGCUUUUUGCCAAGAAAGAGAUGCGUAUCUUGAUGGUGGGUCUCGAUGCGGCUGGUAAGACAACCAUUUUGUACAAGCUCAAGCUUGGUGAGAUCGUCACAACAAUCCCUACCAUUGGGUUUAAUGUGGAGACUGUUGAGUACAAAAACAUCAGCUUCACUGUCUGGGAUGUAGGGGGUCAAGACAAGAUUCGACCACUAUGGAGGCACUACUUUCAGAACACACAAGGUCUUAUCUUUGUGGUUGAUAGCAAUGACAGGGAUAGAGUUGUUGAGGCAAGAGACGAGCUACAUAGGAUGUUGAACGAGGAUGAGCUUCGAGAUGCAGUCUUGCUCGUGUUUGCUAACAAACAAGAUCUUCCAAAUGCAAUGAAUGCUGCUGAAAUCACUGAUAAGCUCGGUCUCCAUUCCCUCCGACAGCGCCACUGGUACAUCCAGAGCACCUGCGCAACCUCUGGAGAGGGACUCUACGAGGGUCUGGACUGGCUUUCAAACAACAUUGCUAACAAGGCAUAGGGUGAUAUUGAAUGUGGACCUUGGAUGUGAGCUUUUGCUUUAGGUGGUGAUGUUCUUGUCCUCCACUUUAUCUCUUGUUCUUGUCUGAGCUGUGUGCGAUUAUGGGAUUCCUUCGUUAAACAGCUUUUUGUGCUUUUGUGGUAGCAAUGUGUCUGAUAUGAUAUAUGGUUGUAUUGCAAGUAUCUUUAAAAGUAUUGUUGCGUAGGUUUUGCUUCAUAAACCUAAAAGUGUAAGAGGUUAAUUUUGACUGUGUUCUAUAUGUCUCCCAGAUAAUAUUUUUGCUUAUAUGCUAUUCUCAGUUCAUUUUGCAGAAA